AAAAGCUUAACUGUCAACGGAGACGUUCUCUGCGUACCGUGUUUUAUUGGUUUUGUUAAAUUACACGUCAUAUGUUCGGUGUUCGAGGUAUAAGUAAAUAUGGAAUCAGUGGGAUUAGAUGGAGAGUUUAGAAGUUUUUACCCUACUGCAUUCGGGGCGCACUCAAGCCGGCGGUCUGCGUCAGGAACUUCGGUGUACUCUCCGACUUCGGUAUGCUCCGAGUCUUACGUUUCUCUUCCAGCCAAGACCAGCACCAAUGCCCCAGUCACUUUUGGGUGUCAUUUCGGAAAAAGUUGUUAUGGUUGUAAAGUGCCUCAAAACGCUGUGUUUCAGCCUAGCGUCAUGAAACAGUCAGCCAAUAACCAUAUGGACAUGACAGUUUAUACCAGUUCAACGCACUACGGCGAUGCCUUCAUCAGGGCUAAGGAGUUUGCUUUUUACCAGGGCUACGGCAACCCAAGAAUACCUGGUUAUACUGAUUUACCUGUUGUUCACAGAGCAAUGACUGGAGAUCUCCGGCAUGAGACUUGUUUGUCAACGGAAAGCCACCAGUCAUGGAACUUGUCAAACAAUUGGAGCAGUCAACUUUAUUGCUCUAAAGACCAGACGCAGAGCCCGCACAUCUGGAAGCCAUCAUUAACAGACUCCCUGUAUCUCCAAAAUUUGCGAGGCAAUGGAGCCCAUCUAUCUGGGCUUCCACAGAUAUCCUACGGUAGAAGAGAGGUGUGCUCGCUCCCGUGGAGUUCUCCAAGUUCGUGCACUUCUCCGGCCCACAGCCGCGCCUGCAGUGGCUACUCUCAGCCGUAUUUCAGCAAUUCAUCCACUGUGAGCGCUAGCCUUAACAAUCACAACAAGGUCUCGCUGGAGGAAUCUGGGAGGUACUAUUUUCAAGAUGUCAGCCGCAAGUCAGAGGAGCCAGGUCGACCUAACCCAACGUUCGCAAGGGAGCAGGGAAUCAUUAGCUCCGCCGGCAAGUAUGACAUUCCAAACUUGGAAAGGCGACAGCAAAACAUGGUUGAACAGAAUGAGUUAAAAUCCAUUGACCAUCCAGUGGCCGAUGGCACAAAGCAGUCUGUCAACUCCAGCGCUCCUGUCCAAGAAUCAGUGAGCACCCAGAGUAUCAGAGCAGCCUUCUCCGAUGGACUACCGUGGUGUCCAUCACAAGUGAGAUCCAGAAAAAAGAGAAAACCUUACACGAAGCCACAACUAGCCGAGCUGGAGAACGAAUUUAUGAUAAACGAAUUUAUAAACCGACAGAAACGAAAGGAACUUUCGGACAGAUUGGAACUGAGCGACCAGCAAGUGAAAAUUUGGUUUCAGAACCGCAGAAUGAAGAAAAAAAGACUUAUGAUGCGCGAGCAAUCCUUCACUGUUUACUAAGAAUAUAUGUGAACAAUUGCGGGUUUGUUUGUUUGGUGACGACAUCAUUCUUAGAGACAUUUCUAACGGGGAUUCAAGUCCACCAAACGCUUUUAGAUGGAAAAUACUUAUUGCCAAGCCCCUAUGAGAAAUGUAUUUGUACUUUACAAUACUAUUCAAACUGAGUAUAUUGAGAUUAAUAUUUAUUGUCAUAGAUUUGCUACAUUUGUUUGUGUCUGGUGGAUAUUUUAUGAUGACAAUGACAAAACUUGAUGGAUUCCAAAGUUUUAAUGCCUGUUUGCUUUACAGGGCGCAAAAUGUUAUCAAAAAGAAUGCUUUGUAUAGUUUAGCAUGCACGGAAGCAAAUUCAGAGUACUAAAAUAUGAUAUUUGUUUCAUAACAUCCUUUCUGCCAGCAUUUGAAACUCUAAAGAUGCACUUGGCAGAUAACAAACAGUUGUUUCUUAAAGUCAUUACUUUUUUUUAGAAACGUACCAAGUU